AUGUCAGGCGUUGCUCUUUCUGAUGGGUCAGUUACAAAGUUCUGCUACGACUUUGUUAUUCCCACUGCUCUUUCAACUGUUUGUCAUCCGUUUGUAUGUGCUCGAACUCUUAUGAUGCUGGGUCACGAGUUUGAGCCGCCUACUCUCGGAAGGAACCUUAUUGGGCUGCAGCGGUACAUGUAUCCAAAUGUUUUCAAUUACAUUGGCCAUUUACGGGAAGAUGUCGGUCUCUUCCCUAUAUUCACUGUGGGUCUGCCGGCCUCUAUUAUUGGUUCGGCCAUUAAGUCGUCCGUGUGUGAAUGCUAUUUACGUGAGCAUGUUACAGGCUACAUGUACAAAAAGUCGGUAAUCGAGACUGAACAAGGCUGGGAUGUUUUUGUUCAGGAGACUUGCAAAUUGACUGCCGGGCGCUGUCUCGGCCUCUUGGUCAGCUACCCUUUUCAAGUGAUCAUGAUUCGGCAGAUCGCCCAGUUGGUCGGCAAGGAAACCAUGUACAGCAACAUUUUAAAGGCCUUCGUGGAGAUUAACGUAAAUGAGGGUUUGCCGGGUCUUUUUGGCGGUCUGAUCCCACGACUCCUGGGAGAGGUAAUCGCAGUCUGGUUGACAGCCAGCAUGGCCUAUGUAGUGAACAAGUACCUUCUACCCGAGGAUACGGACCAAGUUGUUAAGGAACACACGCCUUACAUUGCUGGCCUUCUGCUGUCUUCGUGCACUCAUCGUCUCACGGUUACCUCCACCGUGAUGGCCGUCAGUGGUUCCGGCUUAUCGGUUGACGUGCCGUUCAAGAACAGUUUGGACUGCUACAACUACCUUUCAACAAGGAAUUCCUUCAUGCGUGGAGCCUCACUCUUCUUCCGUUAUGCAUCGAGUCCUCUGUGA